AUGUCCUUGAAGGGCUCCAAUGAGUUCUCAACAGCAGGUCCGUUCACGGAUGUGGUCACGUCUUACCUAAAGCUGACGAAUCCGUGCGAACGGCGCGUGUGUUUCAAAGUGAAGACGACGGCCCCCAAGAGGUAUUGCGUGCGACCUAACAAUGGACUCAUCGAGGCUUUCGGCACCACAACCAUCGCUGUUAUGCUACAACCCGUAGACUUAGACAACUUGAACGACAAGAAUAAACACAAGUUUAUGGUGCAGACCAUGUUCGCCCCCGAGGGCGACGUCAAUCAGGACACACUCUGGAAAGAAGUGAAUCCCGAAGCGAUUAUGGAUUCAAAGCUGAAGUGUGUGUUUGAUGUGAUGCCGCCUUCCAAUGAGACGCCUGUCCGGUCGAGUUCGGUGGUCACCAACACCUCUGCGCUGACCAAUUCGCACAACUCCUCCAAUAAUGCGGUAAUCUUUGAGACCAUUCCUGUGGCCAUUGCUUUCAUGUGUGGAUUCGUCUUUGCUUUCGUUUUGAAACUUCUUUUUUAA